AAACUUGUAAUUCAAUAAUAAUAUAAAGUUUGAAUCUGAAAAGAUCUGUAACUAAAAGGCUUUAAAAUAGUCUGGGAAAAGUGAGCCAACGUGUCUUUAAGUUAUACGGCGGAAGAUGGUGGGGUGGGCGAUUGCGCUACACGGCGGUGCCGGAGACAUUCCGAUCGAUCUCCCCGACGAGCGACGUAUCCCUCGUGAGAGCGCCCUCCGUCACUGCCUCGAUCUUGGCAUCUCCGCCCUCAAAUCCGGCAAGCCUCCCUUGGACGUCGCCGAACUUGUCGUACGCCUCUCUUUCUCGAUAAUUGUUUUUUUUUCUUUGGCAUAUGGCAGCUGGUCGGAUCCAUGCGUUUUGAUAAUUUUGUCUAGAGUUUGGAAUAAUCGAUGACGAAACAGAGAAUUCGGAACCAAUUUUAGAUUUAUUUUUAAAACUCACUCUCUCUAGUGAUCAGUUAACUAGUCCCAAAUUUGAUACGAUCACCAUUUGUAAGGUUCGUGAACUUGAGAACCACCCGGACUUCAAUGCGGGUAAAGGAUCUGUCUUAACUGCACAAGGCACUGUUGAAAUGGAAGCUUCCAUUAUGGACGGUAAAACCAAAAGAUGUGGAGCUGUCUCCGGCUUGACCACUGUUGUUAAUCCCAUUUCUUUAGCUCGCCUCGUCAUGGAGAAAACUCCUCAUAUAUAUCUUGCAUUCGAUGCUGCUGAAGCUUUUGCAAGAGCACAUGGUGUUGAGACGGUAGAUUCUAGCCAUUUCAUAACUCCUGAAAACAUUGCAAGGCUAAAGCAGGCCAAAGAAUUCAAUCGAGUCCAGUUGGAUUACACAGUCCCUAGUCCGAAAGUACCGGACAAUUGCGGUGACAGCCAAAUAGGAACGGUCGGAUGUGUAGCUGUGGACAGUGCUGGAAAUCUAGCUUCGGCUACAUCAACGGGCGGUUAUGUCAACAAAAUGGUUGGCAGAAUUGGGGAUACGCCAGUCAUUGGCGCAGGAACUUACGCUAACCACCUUUGUGCCAUCUCAGCCACAGGUAAAGGAGAGGAUAUCAUCCGUGGAACCGUGGCUAGAGACGUGGCUGCACUCAUGGAAUAUAAAGGCUUGUCUUUGACUGAGGCAGCGGCUUAUGUUGUUGACCAAUCUGUUCCCAGAGGAAGCUGUGGACUCGUUGCUGUCUCUGCCAAUGGUGAAGUCACAAUGCCGUUUAACACUACCGGAAUGUUCAGGGCUUGUGCUAGCGAAGAUGGUUACUCUGAGAUCGCAAUCUGGCCAAACAAUUGAAAUCACUAGACGAAGGAAUGGCUUUGUCUAUUAUUAAGCAACUCUGUUUAAUCUUCUUCUUUAGUUUCAGUUUGUAAGUUGUAACCUUAUAUGACUCAGUCUUGCAGUAUUUUAGUUCUUCGGAUUUGGUUUGAUGAUUUCGGUCUAGGAUUGUUCGGUUUGGAAUGAUGGGUUUUCGGAUCAAAAAUUGUUAGAAAAAAACAAGCAAAGUAACAAUCACUGUUUGUUUAAUGGUUCUAUUUGGGCUUUCAUUUUCACCGGCCCGU